AUGAUGGAUCUAUACGGCAGAGGAGAGCUGGGGCUGCUGGGAGGAGGGGAGAGCCUGAGAGAUGACAUGGGCGGAUCUGGGAUCAGCUGGUCGGCUAAUCGACUGUCAGAGGACAUGUACCCAUCAUCAGGAUUGGCCUUGGCCGCAGCCUAUCAUGACAUUAAGACCCGGCUGGCCAGUCUGGAGAGGGAGAACAGCAGCAUCAAGAGGAAGCUCAAACACUAUGAGGUGAAGUUCCCAAUGAUCAGUGGAUUUGGAGAGGAGAGGAUAGUGUGUUAUUCCCGUGAGCCCAUCAUCAAGGAGGCCAGUGACAUUCAAUCAGAGACCACUAACCUGCAACAAAGGAUCAACUCUCUCACUCAGGAGCUUCAGAAGAGUAAGGAGAGAGAGGAGAGGCUGGAGGAAGUCAUCCAGGCAUACGAGAAGAUUCACUUGGAGAAGAGCAAUGUCCAGAGAGACCUAGACAAAAUGACGACUCUAGCGGAGCAGCAUGUAGAGCGGAUCUGCAGCUUGGAGUCGGCUCUCAGACAGAGACAGACGUCCCUUCAGAAACUCGGCACUCAAAUCCGCAGCAAAGAGGCACGUCAGUCUCAACUCCACGCCAGCCUGGACGUACCCAGAGAGGGCCGCGGGCCGACGCUGCAGAGCUCCCGCAGUCUGGACGCUCUGUCCGACCUGAAACUGCAGCGACUGGAGGCCGAGCUGGACGGGGCACGGCACCAUGCCGAGGGAGCCUGUCAGAGGGAGAAGGGGCUGAGGGUUGAGCUUCAGAGGCUGCAGCAGGAGGCAUCUCAGCUGCAGGAGGCACAAAGACAGUCACAGGAGUUGGCCCCACACUGUGAGCACUGUGACGUAGAAUGGAUAAAGAAAGCUGGAGAUGAACAGGUGAACCUGGCGUUAGCCUACACUGAGCUAACAGAGGAGUUGGGUCGGGUUCGCAACCUGGCUGCAAAACAGAGUGACAUUCUACGACACGUCUCCCAGGAGCCUGGCUCUCGUCCUCCCGCGACUCCUCAGCGUCUCUCCCCCACCUCCCCCCAGCGCCCCUCACUCUCCCCCGAGAGGCUUCUGCCCACCCCCUCUCCUCCGCUCUCCCUAUGCGACAGCCCUGCCUCUUACUCUCAGCAGCAGCCAACCAGCAGCCGCCUACGAGCAAAGUUCCAAGGUCGCCGCAGUUACUCGGAGGUGUCCGACCCAUCAGCCAUCCACAGGCCCUCAGCACGCUUGAUGAGGGACCCGGUUUCCACUCUCCCCAAGCCCAGGCCCCUGCUGGGCGAGACACGAGGCUACAGCCAGAACAAACAUCAGCUCCGCACCGCCUUACUGGGCCUCGUCAGACCAGCCUCGGCUCAUGGAGGGGAGAGGGGGGGAGGAGGAGGAGGAGGAGAGAGAGCUGGGGGCAGCAGUUUGACCAGCAGUCCUCAUCACUGCGCAAUGGACAUUCAUCACUUCUGUCGCCUUGAUGACCCACCUGAACCCACCCCACUGGUGACACCUCCACAGUCCUCUGAUGAUGAAGAGGAUGUUUGUGCAUAUCUGUCGCCGGCUUGCAGCCCACCUCGGACUCUUGGGAUUCUCUCAUCUUCACCAAGAGAACAGCCCCUACACCCCUCGUUCCCGUCUCCAAGGAAACAGCCCCACCAUCCCUCCUUCCCUGCCCCCGAGGGCCCUGCCACCCUCUCCUGCCAUCUGCCUCCCUACAUGAACACAGAACAUGCUCAGUCAUGGCCUUCUAUUAACUUAUGGAUGGAGUCGGAGGAGAGCGCUGUUCGCAGCUGUCCUCUGUGUCAGCUGACCUUCCCAACUGGUUACCCUGAUGACGCCCUCAUAAAACACAUCGACUCACACUUGGAGAACAGCAAGAUCUGA